GCAGACGCACAGGGCUCAGGGCCCUCAUAUGGACCCUGCCCCCUCCUCUCCCACCAUCCAGGGCUGUCUGCGCACCCUAAUCCUCCAGGCUUCAGCUCGUUUCUUAGCCUGGGAUCUGUGCAGCAUCGAGGGACCCAGGAGUCGACCUUGAGACCUUCAGCAACCUCAGCCCUAACCCCAGCCCUGACCUGGUCCCAGGUCCAGCCAGCCCUACCAUGACAAAGGAGUAUCAAGAUCUUCAGCAUCUGGACAACGAGGAGAAUGACCAUCAGCACAGAAAAAGGCCGCCUCCUCCCCACUCACUCUUUCGGCGUCUCUGCUCCGGACCCAAACUCAUCCUGAUCUCCAUCGGCCUUAGCCUCCUGCUGCUGGUGGUUGUCUGUGUGAUCGGAUCCCAGAACUCCAAGCUGCAGGAGGAGCUGCGGGCCCUGAGAGAAACGUUCAGCAACCUCACAGUGAGCACGGAGGCCAAGGUCAAGGCCCUGAGCGUCCAGGGAGGAAAUGUGGGCAGAAAGAUGAAGUCCCUGGAGUCCCAACUGGAGAAACAGCAGCAGGACCUGAGUCAAGAUCACUCCAGCUUGCUGCUCCACGUGAAGCAGUUUGUGUCUGACCUGCGAAGCCUGAGCUGUCAGAUGGCCGUGCUCCAGGGCAACGGCUCUGAAAGGACCUGCUGCCCGGUGAACUGGGUGGACUUUGAAGGCAAAUGCUACUGGUUCUCUCGCUCGGGGAAGCCCUGGCCCGAGGCUGAGAAGUACUGCCAGCUGGAGGACGCCCACCUGGUGGUGGUGGGCUCCUGGGAGGAGCAGAAAUUUAUCCAGCACCACAUGGGCCCUGUGAACACCUGGAUGGGCCUCACUGACCAAAACGGGCCCUGGAAAUGGGUGGACGGGACAGACUAUGAGUCGGGCUUCAAGAACUGGAGACCAGAGCAGCCAGACGACUGGUAUGGGCACGGGCUCGGAGGAGGUGAGGACUGUGCCCACUUCACUGACGAUGGCCGCUGGAACGAUGAUGUCUGUCAGAGGCCCUACCGGUGGGUCUGCGAGACACAGCGGGACAGGGACAGCGAAAACUAGCAGCCUCCUCUCCCCCUAAUUUAUUUCCUCAAUGCCUUUACCUGCCAUAGGGCUCCUGGUUUGGGGACCCUCCUAUCUGGGGGCUUCUGGAUUUUCAUCUAAGAUUUAGAGGGAAGGGUAGUGUCUGAGGAAUGUAGACUGAUGUUUGGAGGGGCGAAGAGAUUGAAACCCAUGCCACUUUCUGUGGUUUGCAGGUUAUUACUGUCAACUUUUUUUUUAGAGUAAAAAGAAGAGAAAUAUAUGAAA